GUAAUAUUAACUACAAGCAUGGACAUUCAGAGUGAGACUAUGAAGUCAUCUUCCAAGGAUUCAUCCCAUUCCCAUGAUGCCAAACGCGGGUCCUUAAAAAUAGCACCCUUACUAAAACCAGUGCACAACAGUAUUUCCAACAGAUUUGGAUUGCAGUGGUUUAUGAUCAACGUGGACAACUUCGAGCCUCGUCGAAAGAGGAGAUACUUCAUCACACUGCCGAACUUCCCCACUGCACUGCCCAGUGUCAUAUCGAGCAAUUUGCACCUCCUAAAGUACCCUAACUGGAGCGCCAUAUUCCUGGCCACAACGCAGCAUAACUUCAAUUACUAUCGAGCCCAUUUCCCAAUGACAUCCAUCGUGAAAUUUUCACCCAAGAGCGAGGCGACUUCCAAACAGGAAUCUCGGAAGAAAAAGCUGCGAGGAUUACUUUCGCCCAAGAUAAACAAAGUAAAGGACCAAACGGCAAUAAAGCUAUGA